AUGGAGGAGCAAGAACGGCCUCGGAAAUUAGCCAAACUGGAUCACGAAGAUAUCACCCACGAGGUGCCCGCCCCUGCCAUGACUGGAGCUGGUGAUGUUGCCGGCAACAAAGCGCAGCCCGCGACCGCUCAGAUUGGCAACGAACCUCUCGAUCUCUCAGAAUUUACGGUUCAUAAGGAGACACAAACUGCCGAUGAAUCUGCAACUCAAGAUGGCGCCGAGGGAGCCGCGCCUGUUAUGUCGAAAAACCAAAUGAAGAAAUUGCGCCGCGCGGAAGCUCACCAGCAAAAGCGCGCGCUUCAAAAGGCCCAGAAGAAGGAAAAGCUCGUACAAAAGCGAGAACGUCGCCAUGCUAUGAUUGUGGAGGCAAGGGAAAAAGGCGGCGAGGAAGCUGUCAAAGAGCUACGGGUGUUAUGGCGAGGCAACAAAGCCAAGCACACCCGGUCAACACUCUUACCUUUAACGAUCGUGAUGGAUUGCGGUUACGACGAGCUGAUGUCUGACAGAGAGCGCAUCUCAUUGGCCGGUCAGCUUACACGGUCCUACUCAGACAACAGCCGCGCACCCUUCAAUGCGCACAUGAUGUUCUCGUCAUUCGACAGAUUACUGAAAGAGCGAUUUGACACCGUGUUAGCGAGUCACAAGAACUGGAAGCGUAUUCGCUUUUUGCAGGAAGACUUUGUGCAUGCUGCUGAGCUGGCCAAAGAACAGAUGGCGUCCGCGCGAGGAGGUCAGCUCGCUGGGCCGUUUGCUGAACAAACUGAUGCGAAGCCCGAGGAUGGGGAAAUCAUCUAUCUCAGCAGCGAUAGUGAGAAUACUUUGACCGAGCUGAAGCCUUACAGCACUUAUAUUGUUGGAGCGCUAGUGGAUAAGAACCGACACAAGGCAGUCUGCUACAAUCAGGCGGUUUCAAAGGGCAUCAAAACUGCCAAAUUGCCGAUCGGCCAGUACAUUCAAAUGGCGCAUCGUCCGGUCCUAGCCACCAACCAUGUCAUUGAGAUUAUGCUUCAAUGGUUGGAGCUUCGUGACUGGGGCAAGGCGUUCAUGAAGGUUAUUCCUACCCGGAAAGGUGGCGCUUUGAAGCAAAACCAGAAUGAGGGCGAGGAUGAUGCCGAGAAUGAUGAUGGAGAUGGGAAUGAGGAUGAACUCGAAGCAGACCAGAAGAAGCAGCUGGAAGAGAUUGCAGCUUUCGAGGAAGGAAGCGAGGACGAAAACGAAGAAAAGGAAUAG